UACUUCCGGCUACCGUUCGGUGCGGACGCGGAAUGUCUUGCUCCUCAGGGGCGGUUACAGCGGCCCAGCAGGGUCGCGGAAACAGGUUGAAUGAUAUGACAACGCAGGAAUAUCAGAUUAUUUUGCCGCAGUUGCCUUCAGGUACGACCGUAACGACUACUGUUUUUUUUGCACGCUGAUGUAAAAGCAAGGCCCUAUCGAGUCGAGCACUUCCGAGAUGCUUUAGGCCGUCUGCAGCUCAUGCCGGAAGUUGUGGCCCUCGGAGCCUACCAAAUGAACCACGUGUGGGCGAUAACAUUCAAGGACGGAAAAGCCAAGCAGAAGAUUUUGUCAACCCCAACCUUCAGCGUUAAGGAUCAUCGGUGUGUUGUGAUAGACCCUUGCAACCAAGACAUCAGGAUAAAGCUGUACUGGCUUCUGCAUACCACCCCAGACGAAGACGUGAGGAUCGCCCUGGCGCCUUACGGCACCAUUAGCGAGAUAUCGAGGGAGAAGUGGCGUGUGGCAGGCUGCAAUGACAAAGGUUCGCACACGCGUCUAGUGUCACUGCGCCUGAAGGCUGGCUACACCGUGGAAGACCUGCCACAUCAACUCCGCGUCGGUGAGGACCAUGCACUAGUGCACGUACCAGGCAGACCGCCGCUCUGCCUCCGGUGCCACGGCACCGGCCACAUACGGCGCGAGUGCCGAGUUCCACGCUGCGGGCUCUGUCGUCGUUACGGCCACGACGAGACCCAGUGCGUGCGUAGUUACGCCAACGUAACAGGGGUUGGCAGAAAUGACACCGUGAAUGAGCACCUCAUGGACUAG